ACUCGCGGGCUCUUCUUAACCUCUGCGCCGCGGCCGGCCUCCGCUGCGCCGCCUCCUCCUCCUCCUCUUCAUCCUCUUCCUCGUCAUCACCGCAGCGCUGGUGGGCGGCCGCGUCCCGGGGGAGCGCCCGGCUCGCGUGGGUGAGCUUUGAAGAGGAUUCCAGUCUCGUGACCCACAGUACUCAGUCUGCUGAAGAAAGUCCAGUCUACUGUGCUGUCACCUUCACCAACAUGGAGAAGUUGUUAUUGGAAAGACCUGUUACUAAGGAUGAAAAGCCUACACUUCCUUCCCAGGAGAAGCCAGAUACAAACUCAUGCCCUCAUGUACCUGUCAAAUAUUUUCUCCCUGGUGGAAUGGACAAUGAGAAUUGUAAGGCUAGUGAGAAGGAAAGGGAGUGGAUCCGCCCUGAUACACCCAGCAAAUGCACGUGGAAGCUUGGGAAACCCCUCUCGGCCUCCCCUCAUCGUCAUACCACUCUGCCAGAGCCUCUGAAAAUCCUGCCAAGCAUCCUGAAUAAAGUCGGCAAUACGCCCUUGGUGCGAAUCAACAAGAUUGGGAAGCAAUAUGGGCUCAAGUGUGAACUCUUGGCAAAAUGUGAGUUCUUCAAUGCUGGAGGCAGUGUGAAGGACCGCAUUAGCCUGAGGAUGGUAGAGGACGCUGAGAAGGCUGGGAUCUUGAAGCCUGGGGACACAAUCAUAGAGCCAACCUCUGGAAACACAGGAAUUGGGCUGGCCUUGGCUGCAGCAGUGAAGGGUUACCGCUGUAUCAUUGUGAUGCCAGAGAAAAUGAGUAUGGAGAAGGUGGAUGUCCUGAGAGCUCUGGGUGCUGAGAUUGUGAGGACCCCAACUACUGCCAGAUUUGAUUCUCCUGAAUCUCAUGUGGGAGUAGCAUGGAGACUGAAAAAUGAAAUCCCCAAUGCACAUAUACUAGACCAGUACCGUAAUGCCAGCAACCCCCUGACGCACUAUGACACCACAGCUGAAGAGAUCCUGCAGCAGUGUGAAGGAAAAAUAGACAUGCUGGUAGCUACAGCUGGCACAGGAGGUACUAUCACUGGCAUCUCCAGAAAGCUAAAGGAGAAGUGUCCAGGUUGUAAAAUCAUAGGUGUUGAUCCUGAAGGCUCCAUCCUUGCUACACCAGAAGAACUGAACAAGACUGACAAGACAAUGUAUGAAGUGGAAGGAAUCGGAUAUGAUUUUGUCCCCACAGUGUUGGAUAGAUCUACAGUGGACCAGUGGUACAAGAGCAAUGAUGAGGAGUCAUUUGCUUUAGCACGCAUGCUGAUCCGAGAGGAAGGACUACUGUGUGGUGGUAGCUCAGGCAGUGCCAUGUCUGUAGCUGUGAAGGCAGCCAAAGAGCUGAAGGAAGGUCAGCGCUGUGUUGUUAUCCUCCCUGACUCUAUCAGGAACUACAUGUCCAAGUUCUUGAGCGACAAAUGGAUGAUUCAGAAAGGGUUCAUGAAAGAAGAAGACCUUGUCAAAAAACCUUGGUGGUGGAACAUCAGUGUUCAGGAACUAAGCCUCUCUGCUCCCCUGACUGUGCUUCCAACUGUUACCUGUGCAAAGACUGUUGAAAUUCUCCGGGAGAAGGGAUUCGACCAGGUACCAGUUGUUGAUGAAUCUGGUGUGAUUUUGGGCAUGGUUACCUUGGGUAACAUGCUUUCUUCACUGCUUGCUGGAAAAGUUCAGCCUUCUGAUGAAGUCGGCAAAGUAAUCUACAAGCAAUUCAAACAGACAGAUAAUCAAGCAUCAGGUGGAAAUGUGAUUAAUCUGAAAGACAACUUGGGGAAACUCUCUCAUAUCCUGGAAAUAGACCACUUUGCUCUAGUGGUUCAUGAACAAAUUCAAUAUCACACUGAUGGUUCCUCCAGUAAGCGGCAAAUGGUGUUUGGCAUCGUUACAGCCAUCGACCUGCUAAACUUUGUGACUGCACGAGAACGGGAAAGAAAGUCCAACUAAAGUCAAGUAGCAAUGUGGAGCUUCUUCAACAAUGUUUUGCAAUCUCCAACAAAGAAUCAGGUUUAUUUCUUAGGUAGAAUGGUCUGUCCUUAGGGUGUUUUUUCACAAAUUCUGAAAAUAAACAGUUAGCUAUCCUGGUGUCAGCUAUACAGCCAGUGCAUUUUGCUGUGUUGCACAACUUCAGGGGACUUGUUUCUUAAUCAGGUUACACAAUAUUUCUUAUCAAAACAGUUUAUUUUUUUAUCUAUAUAUAUAUAUUUGUAAAAAUAUUGCCUAAAUUAAUUGGUAUGUUCCUUACUUGUUAUGUCUAAAGUCUGACUUUCCAAGACAUUGUUUCAGAUUCAUAAAAUGUGUUGAAAUAAAGAGUUACUGAAGCAGAGGCCCGAGAGCGCUCUGGAAAGUUUUGGAAUUUUUUUUUUUUGUGCAAGAGUAAGUUAGAUAAUACCUGUGUGGAAACAAAAAUGGGAUUGGGGUAUGGAGGGAAGAAAGGCAUGUCUUCCUUUUGGUGACAUCAGUGUAAAACAGGAGAAAAUUCUGAGGGCUGGAGUUGAGGCUUGUUUCAACUAGCUGCUCUGAGGAAAAACUGACUUGAGUGGAAGCCUGACAGUGAAGUGACAAACAUAAACUAGUGACUUUGUUUUACAUGGUGUGCCGGUUUUCAGUAUGAAGACAGGCCUUUCUUUUUUUCUCAUUGUACCUUGGUAAGUAAGCACGAGUGAAAAGAUUAAAAAGUAAGAUCAAGCUUCCUGUCUGAAGGUUUUUGAAAAUCAUGCCGUUUCAUCUAGUACCUUUCUCUUACCUCUCCACCCUCUUACUUAUCUUAAAGUGCUGCUUCUUAUGCCUGUUUUAGAAGAGCCAAAGGUAAUCUCUCAAAAGCUUUCAAGUCCUGUUCAGGUGCUCCUACACUCUAGUGCCUUAUUCCAGGAGAAAACCCCUACUAUUAAUUGAAUUCCCUGUAGCCAAGUUUGGAAGUAACUGCCAAAUGUGAUGUGGACUGGCACUGUCAAGAGUACACAAGAGAACUGUACGGUAGGUGUGUGCAGCUACAACUUUUCACCACUUUUGUAACUACAGAUUCUUCAGUAAUGUCUGAGUUGUGUAGCCCCGUCCCUGCACUGCUGUGCUCAGGCUGCUGACUGCUGCUGCUGGUAAUGGUCAGUGGAAUCACCCUGUGAUUACAGUAGAAAAGUUAGCUGUUCUUCAUCUUUAUGAAGACUAAUCACAUUCUGACCAGCCUUUUGCCAAGAAUAAAGUUUUUAAUCAGCAGGGGUAACGCUUUCACUAGCUUGUCUCUCUUUCAAGCAGAGCAUUUGCCUUGGAUGCUGCUGCCAUGGACGAUGGAGAGAAGCACUCAAAGCCAAAGAAGUGACACAGUCGUAGUGUCUGCCCACCAGCGGUGUGACAGCCUGGUUUGUUUUCUAGCUGCUUCUCUCUUACCUUAGAUUUGUGAAAGUUAAGAACUUUAUUAUUACAACAAAAAGCCUCAGACAGAUUUCUGAUAACUCUAAUGCCAAGCUGGCGAUUGCUGAGUUUGAUUGGCCUUUGUUCAGUUUAUUUCCUUAGAUGUUGGCUGUCCCUUCAGAUCAUGGCUAUUACUGAAGUAACAUGACCCGUGCUUACAUUAAACUAUGGUUUAGCCAUUAAAUUAACAUGCUACUUUAAGAUAACUUUUUCCAAGACUCUGGAAUAAACUGCUAUAAAUCUUAAAAACGUGCAAUUUAAAUACUAAUUAGUUCUAAAGGAUGGUGGAGUUUUAAUUUUUUUUCUUUUUUUUUUUUUUUUUUUUUUUAUUCUUACACUGCGCAGUGUUUUCUUUCUCACUGUUCCCCCUCAGUGUAGUAGCAACCCCAGGUUGGGCACUUUGACUAGUGGAGAGCUUAGCUAGUGUGAGUAUCAGAUGUGUGUACCUGUGCAUUAAAGACACUUUUUUCAAACGUUUUUGAAUCUGGAUUAGCUUUUCUAGGCUGAAUGGUUCUGUCUUACCCCUGUCACUGCUUGGCAGAGCCUAGUUAACUCAUCUUUCAAAGUGUAUUUUUGAUCUACUUCCUAAGGGGGUCAUAAAUAACUUUGCAUGAUAGAGGGCCCAGUCUUUGCCCUAAGCACUUUCUAACAUCCUCUGUGUUUCUUAGUGUAGACUAUCUGAAUGGUUGGUUGUAUCCCUCAAGGCAUUAGUAUUUCAGCCAAGCUUCUAAACUACUUUCACAGUUAUUUCAAAUACUGUUGUCUGAUAUAUUUUAAUAUCUAUUCUUAGUUUACAGGGAAGGCCAAGGGGGACUUACUUGAAUAUUUGUGUUUUUCCCUCUAUCCUUUGAUUCCCACACUAUUGAAAGAACCUGUGUACUUCACUAGAUGCUACUAACUGAAGCGUUUGCUACAACCGUAGCUGCUACUGCUGCUAAAUUUUGGCAUUACUGUUGCCAUUGGAAAAUUUACUUGCUUCUAUCUGAUAUUUCCCCUUUUCCCUCUGACCUUUGUCAGUGGUGGUGAGGGGAAGUGCUUAAGUAUUUGGGGGUUUUCCUUUUCUUUUUGUGCCUGUAAAAGCUCUAUGUACCAGCCUAGCUGAAUUCAGCAAGAAAUAGGAGGGUAGAAGGAGGUUCCCAAAGUUGCUUUUCAGAACAGCAGUACAAGAGAGAAGUAAGAUUGCUGUGUUAAAGUUGGGGCAGCAGCAGAUUGAUGGGUAGCUUUACCUGUGACACAGAGGAAAGUGUAAAAAUUUGCCUUUUCAGAUUACUGUUCAUAAAUUAAUCUCUGCAGUGUUACAAAAGCAGGUAGUAUUGCUGACUGAAAAAGAAGGGGUGGUUGGAGCUGGUAGGGAAGAGGGGAUGUGAGUCUAAAGCAAUCCAAGUAAGCCAAAGUAUCCAAAGAAAUCCACCCGUGCUGUUCUGCCUGUGCAGUUUGGUGAGAGCGGGAGCUGUCUCCUGUUCUGCACUGUUGUGAGGAGGGAACAGUGGCCACCAGCCACCCGUCUGCACAGUAGCAACCCUGUUUCACCAGGAGAAUGGGGGGAAAUAGAUGGUGUUGCUGAAUGCCUGAAAAACUUUCCAGAGCUCUUUCCCACAGUAGGGAUGAAGGUGGCAGAGAAGUGGAGCGGGAAUCCUGUGGGGUUGAAGUUCCUCCGAUGCAAAAGCUUAUGAGCAUGAUGCUUUUUUGCACAUGUGAGAAGGUUGUCACUAGCCUGGGCCUGGUUAGUAGUGGUAGGGCUGUAUUAACACUGGAUUCAUCUCUUUGUUUCAACACUGUGAGGACCAAGAAAGAUGUUGUAGUUUGUUUGUUUGGUCUUUAGCCUGAAGUUCAAGUCCAGAGCUUGAACAGAACUAUUUGUUUGUUUUCUGGUUUUGGUGGUGUUUUUUUCUGAAGCGGGUGCCUGUGUUUUCUGUUUACCUGUGCUGGUUAAGCAAGUGCUAGCCAUAUGCCUGAAAACUAUUUUGCACAUGGAUAUUUAUACCAACAAUUUAUGCUGUAUUUGUUUGUCACUGUAAGGGAAUGUCAGUCCUUUUGGUUUAAUGUUGAGUCUCCAAAAAUACUUUUAUUUUCUUACCUGAAGACAAUUAUCUAGUAAAAUCUGUGUAAUGUUUUGCAAGCAGUUAUCAGGCAAUAACUUGAUCAUUUUAAAGUUGUUGUAUCCAAUGUUAUUUCCCAUGUCUUGCACAAGCUGUGGCUGACUCCAAACUCUGUCUAGCUGAGGUUCCUCUAAGCAGCCAGACCAGUCCUAUCUGCCCACCAAGCUCAUCGCUAAAUGGUUUUUGAAAACUUCUUGCCGUUACAAAUUUCACACAAUGUGCUCACGUUGAGGUGUUGCCUCGUAUUGCCACUGUCAUCCAACAGCCUUUCUUACUGUGUAGUGUCAGCACCCUACCCUGAUAAAGGGAAGUCUCUUUAUGCUUUAAGGAGCUGGGAAAAAUCAAUACUAUGCGCUGUAUUUAUUACACAAAUGUUCACAAAGAUACAAUAUCAAGAGUUCAAUAAACAGUGUUUGAUUGCA